AUGGAUCACAGCAGAGAUGGCAUCAGCUGUGGAGCAGAUCCACCUGUCGACAUACUGGUGAGGUCAGCUGUUGUGUCAAUGGACUUGUGUGUUAUUACCAGCCUCUCAAAGCACUUCAUCCUAAUUGGGGUGGAUGCAACUGGGCGGCAGUCACUGAGACAGGACACAUCCUGGGACUCUGGCACAGGGACGAUAGUAGACGUCUUGAGGCAGGUUGGAGUAAUGGCCUGGGACAUUCAGGAUCAGUUUGUGUCCACUGUGGUUGAGAGUUUUUCAGUGGACAGAUGCUUGUUCACAGUGCAGGAGGUUUUUGUACGGCCACUUAAUGAGUUUGUAUCACUGUGGUGGACUUUCGGUGGAGGAACCAAACUCGUCGUUGAGUCGGGCGUGGUGCGGCCCACCCUGACCGUCCUCCCCCCCUCCACACGGGAGCUGCAGCAGGGCAGUGCCACAGUGGUGUGUCUGUCCAGCGGGGGCUCCUCAGCCUGGACGCUGGGCUGGAAGGUGGGGGGCGGCAGCAGCUCCUCAGGGGUGUCACACAGCCCGGAGGUCCUGGGGACGGACGGCCGCUACAGCCUGAGCAGCACCCUGAGCCUCAGUGCGGACCAGUGGAGGAAGGCGGGCUCAGUGAGCUGUGAGGCCAGUCUGAGUGGACAGAGCCCUGUCACUCAAAGCCUGGACCCUGGCCGCUGCUCAGAGUAGAGCUUCAGCAACACUUCCUGUCUGGAAAUGAUGCUGCUUCUUUCACAGAGAUCUCCAUCAAGCUGCAGAUCUCCUGUGUUCACAUAUUUCUGCAAGUUUCUCAGCUCUCUGCUCAGCGUGUUAGUGUGCAUGUUGCUUUCUAAUACUCAUCUUCUGCAUGUUCUGCUUUAUGUUCUUUACACUUCAGAUUCGACUGAAUAUUAUCAGAGUCGCUUCAGGAGAAACGAUUCAUUCAUCAGAAAUGUGGCAUAAACAUGAAACCAUCAUUAAAUAAAACUGUGGAUUAUAAUGA